AUGGCUCCCAUCGCAACCAUCGGGGUUAAUGGAGCGAGUAGCGCGAUUGGUGCUCUCCAUGAGCAAACGAGGCGAGCCUCGACUGGACAAGUGCCUGGAGAAGUCGACACCGACUUCUUCAUCGUCGGAGCGGGGCCUGCAGGAGCCUCUCUUGCCGGCUUUUUGGCGAGCUACGGUCUUAAGGGGUUGAUGAUAAGUGCUGCUCCAGCGACAGCCAAUACGCCACGGGCCCAUAUUACCAACAUGGCUGCCUUGGAGUGUUUGCGCGACAUUGGGCUUGACAAGGAACUCCAUGAACUUUCUUCCAAGGGCCACUGCAUGAUACACACGCGAUGGUGCCAUAGUAUGGCGGGUGAAGAGUACGCUCGGAUUCAUUCCUGGGGCCAUGCACCAGACCAAACAUGUAAACUAACUUCCCGUCAGGGUGAUUACGAGAAAGCUAGUCCCUGCUCUCCGGUUGAUCUGCCUCAAACACUGCUGGAACCAGUUCUAGUGCGACACGCAGCGCAACGUGGAUUUUCCACGCGGUUCAACACAGAGCUGUUGUCAUUCGAGAACGGUCCAGACGGCAUUAUCACCGCCACCGUUUAUGACAAGCUUUCAUCGCUCCAGUACAAGAUACGGACCAAGUACCUUUUCGGCGCUGAUGGUGCGAGGAGUCAGGUUGUCAACCAGCUAGGCCUGCCUCUUUCAAUCAAACCAAGUCAGGGACUAGCAAUCAACGUUCUGGUCAAGGCUGAUCUCUCGCAUCUUGUCGAUACUCGCCGCGGAAAUCUGCACUGGGUAAUGCAACCUGAUAAAGAACACCCACUAUUCGGCUGGCAGGGGAUCGUCCGCAUGGUGAAGCCAUGGAACGAAUGGAUGUUUAUUCUCCUCCCUACCAGAGACUGUGAUAUCAAUAUUGAGCCCUCCAAGGAGGAGUAUCUGCAGCGCGUCGGAGAAUUCAUUGGCGACGAGACACCCGCGGAGAUAUUGGACAUUUCCAAAUGGUUCAUUAACGAGAUCGUGGCCGAGAAAUAUUCUCAGGGAAAUAUCUUUUGCCUGGGAGACGCUGUUCACAGGCACCCACCCAUGAAUGGUCUUGGCUCGAAUACGUGUAUCCAGGAUGCAUUCAAUUUGGCGUGGAAGGUUGCGUAUGUCCACAAGGGCCUGGCCCCGUCCUCUCUGUUGGAUACAUAUAGCAUUGAGCGGCAGCCAGUCGGGAGCUCCAUCAUCACCCGUGCCAACCAGGCGUUCCGUGACCAUUCUGAUAUAUGGGAGGCCUUGGGGACCCUACCAAAUGAAGUUCAAGCUCGUCAAAAAGUUUUAUCCGAACUAAUCGAGUCCUCUGCCAAAGGGCGUGCCCGUCGUGUUGCUUUCCAGAAAGCGAUUACUCAGAGCUCGCGGGAAUUCCAUGGGCUCGGCAUCGAGAUGGGUCAGGUCUACAAUGGCCCAGCUAUCUACGCGAGUGAGGAAGGUGUGCCAUACAAACGCUUUGGACGUGCCGCCGAAGACAAGGUGUUGUACUACGAGCCAACCACGUACCCUGGAUGCCGGCUACCGCAUGUGUGGCUUAACAAGGCGGUGCCAACUGAGCCAGUAUCGACGAUUGAUCUUUCAGGACACGGCGCGUUUACAUUGUUCACUGGUAUUGGUGGGGAUCCCUGGAGGAGUGCAGCCGAAGAGGUUUCGGCGGAGCUGGGGGUCCCAAUCAAUGUAUACUCCAUUGGAUUCCGGCAGGAAUGGGAGGAUAGUUACUUCGACUGGGAGCGACUACGCGGUGUUGAGGAGGAUGGGGCAGUCCUCGUCAGGCCAGACCGAGUGGUUGGCUGGCGCGCACAGUCGGUGUCGAGGAGCUCUGACAGCCCCUGUGCGAUGAGACUGUGA